CACAGAUCAGCAAUCUUGACCAUAUGCUCUUCCAAUCCCUCACCAUCUCUUCAAUCCCAGUGGCAUUGUACAGUGACUUCAAGUUUAGGUCUAAUAUCAGAUUCUUUUCAUAUGUUCUUUGAUUGUACUGCUCUGUUGGCUGGGUUAGCAGCUUCAGUUAUUUCAAAGUGGAGAUCAAAUGAUGCUUUCUCUUAUGGAUAUGUUCGAGCAGAAGUACUGGCUGGUUUUGUAAAUGGUCUGUUCCUGAUUUUCACAGCAUUCUUCAUUUUCUCUGAAGGGGUUGAGAGAGCAUUGGAGCCUCCUGAUGUUCAUCAUGAAAGACUUCUCCCUGUGUCUAUACUUGGAUUCAUUGUAAAUCUCAUAGGAAUAUUUGUUUUUCAUCAUGGAGGUCAUGGGCAUUCACAUGACUCUGGGCAUGAGCACAGCCAUUCUCUGUUUAAUGGUGGUCUCAGCCAUGGACACAGUCAUGGAGGUCAUGGUCACAGCCAUGAGUCCAAACAUGGGCAUGGCCACGGACACUCUCAUGAUCAUGGGCACUCUCACAGUCAAGAUUAUUGUCAUGAUGAUCACUCUUUUGAAGCAGCUACAGGAUCCAGCAAACAGAUUUUACAAGGUGUACUUUUACACAUAAUUGCAGACACGCUUGGAAGUGUUGGUGUAAUUAUAUCUGCGCUAUUGAUGCAGAAUUAUGGUCUAAUGAUAGCAGAUCCUAUCUGUUCGAUGCUUAUAGCUCUGCUUAUAGGUAUCAGUGUUGUCCCGCUUUUAAGAGAGUCCAUUGGAAUCUUGAUGCAACGCACUCCUCCUCCUCUGGAAAAUGCUCUGCCUCAGUGCUAUCAGAGGGUCCAGCAGUUGCAAGGAGUUUACAGUCUACAUGAUCCACACUUCUGGACUCUUUGUACUGAUGUUUACAUAGGGACUUUGAAAUUAUUUGUAGCUCCUGAUGCUGAUGCAAAGUGGAUUUUAAGCCAGACUCACAAUAUUUUUACUCAGGCUGGAGUGAGACAGCUUUAUGUACAGAUUGACUUUGCUGUCAUGUAGAGAACAUCAUAAAUGUGUUCUUUGGACCAAAGUUUUCUGGUACUGUAACAGUAUAAACUCUACUUUUUGAGGAAGAGCCUUCUCUCCCACAGUUCAGUAAGAUCGAAUGAACUGCCAUCUCUGGGCUACUUUUAUGGGAUUCAUCUCUGAGGAGUAAAUAUCAAAAGAAUGUGUUAUGGACUUUGGGUCUUGUGUUUUGUGGCCCCCAAACUUUUUAUUUUUUGGGGUUUUUUUUGUUUUUACUUAUUACAUUUGUUUCAAUAAGAAUGUGGUACUGCGAGCCCUGGGUCAGAUCUUCAAAGCUGCUGCUGAAACCACCAUUCCUUCCCAUAAAAGCAGUGUUACCAAGAAUUGGAAAUGUUUUGUACAUAAUGUCACAAUGGUUGACAUUCUUCAGUAUAAUGGUAUGUUUGUAAAAUUGUUUGUACUUUGCAAACUUAAUGAACCAAACCAUAUUGGGUUUUCAAAGUGCCUUUUAUAUCAGCAAAAGUAUUUGCCAGCAUAGAUGCAGAGUAUCAAGGGUUUUUAUUAUUUUUAUGCCUGUAAUUUGUACACAGUCUGAGUUUUGCUUGUGAUAUGUGAUUUUUUUUGUGUACUUCCAUAAUUGUAGGUGUUAAACCCCAUUUAUUGUUCCAUCUUACCAAAUGAGCAGGAGUUAAUUUUGCUUAACAUUUGACAGUAUCAUUGUGGGAAACUUGCUUUCAAAACAAACUGGAUAUUUUGAUAAAUAUCUCUUGUGCAAAGGGUUUUUUUAACCAGAUUAAUUGGUUAGACCUUGAUUUAACACAUUAAGUGGAACAGCCUUUCAAUCUUGUUGCAGUAAUUAGGGAUGAUCUGAUGCUAUGUCCACAUUCACCUGUCAUCAUAUAAAGGGGAGAGGCACUUGUAGGGAAGUGGUGGUGAUGAAAGUGCUGUCUUGGUCUGUAUCUUUGAAAUAGUGACUUUUUUUCUGAAUAAGUUUGGUCGUGAAACUUAAUCUCUUAGAUUAUAAUAGAUUAUGAUGGACUUUUGAAGACUAUGAAAGGGAUUGUAGAGGAAAUCAUUGCCCCUGACAACAGUGAAAACUGGGAUGGGGAGCUUUCCUGAGCAAUUGGACCAGAAGUGAGAAAGGAAGACUAGCAUAUGUGCUGUUUCAGGUUACAUUCUAGCUUGCCAGGUUUUGAUUGUGUUUUCAGCAUUUCUCUCUGUAAUGCUUUGUGUGUUCCAUAAAUAAUAACUGUUUCAGUCUUGAACAGCUUUGCCAGAAACACCCAGUUGGACCAUAUUUUUCUAGUGUCAAUAUUACUUUCCAUUUUGAAUCCAAAAUAGGUUUCUAAGACAAUCCUACUUCACCUGUUACUAUAGAUUUAGUGCUUCUACUAAAUUGUAGCACUUCCUAUAUUUUCUCUUUCUAUUGUUUGAAUUCAGAAACUGAAUAUGUGUCUUUGGCUUCUAGGUUUGAAGUUGUUCAUCAUUCUGAACAAGGGAGGCUCAGUUUUAUUAACUAGAAACAAAUAUGCUGUUUUUCAUAUGGAACUUUGUUUUUGAAAAAGAAAUGGGUAUUCUACAUACCAUGCCUUGUAGAGUCAACUAAGGCAAGGACACUUUUUGGAAAAAUCGUAGCUGCUAGGGACUGGUAUGAAUUGUAGAUAUAUUACUAAAGUAUGCAGCUUCCACAUCAGAGAUGAUAAGGAAGUUCAAGUCUGUUUUAUUCUACUCCAGUCCUAGCCCAUAUUUUCACAUUAAGUCAUUGUUGGUUGAUAAAUUAAUAAUCUGUUCUUUGAUAUGAGUAAACCAGAAAUAUGAUGAAAAUGUAAAUACUGAAUUUGUAUUUCAUAUAAAGCUGUGAUUCAAAUCCAUACCAAGUAAGAUGCUGUGAUUCAAAUCCCUAAUAAGCUGCAGCCUAUAAUUUUUGUAGUUUCUUGCACAUAAAUGGAUUGUUGGUGUCUUUUAUUUCUGAUUUUUGUGGACUGUUUUCUCUAUUCCUUCCCUUUUGUUCAGAUUAUUUCAGCAAUGCUGAACAUGAUGUUCUGUCAUUGUAAACCAUCAUUUUAAAAGCAAGAGCCAACUUCCAUCAUCUAAAUUGCAUAAGCAGUGAAUCUUGAGCUGACGUUUGGUGCAAAUUAGUCUUUGUAGAGAUGUGGGGCAAGAUCCAAAAGAUAUUUAGGCACAUAUCCUCCUGUUGAAAUCCCUGAAAUCCCAUUUAAGCCAAUGGGCUUGUAGGUAUGUGAAUCUUUUUGAAUAUAGAACUCAGAGCCUCGACUUUGUUUAAAGCCUAAUAAGCAAGAACUCUUAAUCCUGAUCUUUAAACAGGAGUGUAGCACGGACCAAAUGGUUAGGCUUUGGCCACUUGUGAAUGUUUUAACUUUGUUUUAGUUACAUGGUUUUUCAGGUGUUGUGAUGUGCUCUACAUCUUUCUGUAAGUGAGCAACUGUCUGGAUGUUGCUUGUUUUUUUUUUCUUGAACACUUCAAACAGUGUGGCUAAUCUGUCUUGCCAAAAGACAGCUCUUGACUGAGAAUAUAAUCAGUUUUCUGAACAGAGAGCUUUACUGAAAAGUGCUUUUAAACUUUUUUGGCAACUUUUUUUUUGUAUUGCCUCGCCAGAUCUUUAAUUUAAAACUCUUAGAAACACAAACACAGGGCUAGGUUAUUUCCUAACCAGAAAUGUGUAUAUGGUUCUUAAUCAAGAUCAUACAAUCUUAAUCAUAUUGGGGAUAAUUUGAGGUUUUAUAGCAAGACAGAUGAAUUCCAUAUUUGUUGUUGAAAAUCGUAAUUUAAGGUUAAGGAUAAUGUAUUGAAGCCAGUUGCUCGCAGUCAGCAGUAUGAUGAUACUGUUAUUUUGAAUUACACUAUUUUUGCUGAAUAGACUUAUUUUAAAAGAAGCACCAAUAAAUUGGUCAAAAAACAUG